CGGGGGUCUGGCCGCAGGCGUCUCGAGGGGCGUUUACGGCGCUGCCGGGCUCCAGCAAGCGCUUCAGCGAGUCCACCUGAGGAGGGCAACUGGAAGGUUCCGUUUCGAGGAAUUCUAGCUGUGGAUUGUAUCAGCAGGACACAGCGGCCUUAGCAAUUGUGGUAAUCCGUUGAAGAAACAGAAUGAAGUUAAUCUGUGAAAAGCUGCCCAAGAACCCCCAAAAUGUUACAUACCAUUGUUCUUCCAAAACUCACAAAUUCUACCAAUGGAAAAAGGAGAAGCAAGAUUUUUAUCAUCAUACAAAGUUGGUGGAAAAAGCAUUACAAUUACUGAAGGACAGAAUAAAAAAAGGAGAUCCUCUGGCUUGUUUCCUGCGAGGUCAACUAUACUUUGAAGAGGGAUGGUAUGAAGAAGCAUUAGAUCAGUUUGAAGAAAUCCAGGAGAGUGAUCAUCAAGCUGUUUACCAGUUGGGAGUCAUGUAUUAUGAUGGGCUGGGGACAGAAGCAAAUCCCGAAAAAGGAGUGGAAUAUAUGAAGAAAAUUCUUGAUUCUCCAUGUCCCCAAGCAAAACAUUUAAAAUAUGCAGCUGCAUACAACCUGGGAAGAGCUUUUCAUGAAGGACAAGGUGUUCCCCAUGAUGAGGAGGAAGCUGAAAGAUUAUGGCUUUUGGCCGCAGACAAUGGGAAUCCAAACGCUAGUGUCAAAGCUCAGAGUAUUUUGGGAUUGUAUUAUUCUACAAAACAACCUAAAGAGUUGGAGAAGGCAUUUUUUUGGCAUUCGGAGGCUUGUGGCAACGGAAGCUUGGAGUCCCAAGGCGCACUUGGUCUAAUGUACCUUUAUGGACAAGGUAUUCCUCAGGAUACUGAUGCUGCCCUUCAAUGCUUGAGGCAAGCGGCUGAACGUGGAAACGUCUAUGCUCAAGGCAAUCUUGUCGCAUAUUACUAUAAAAUGAAGUUUUUUACAAAAUGUGUCUCAUUUUCAAAAAGGAUUUCCGACUAUGACGCCCCUUAUGAUGUUUCCACAAUAGCCCAAAUAACGGACUGUCUUCCUGAAUAUAUUACCAAAGGCAUAGCGAUGGCUUCCUUUUACUACGCAAGGUGUCUUCAGCUUGGCUUGGGGAUCAUGAAGAAUGAAACAGAAGCCAAGAAGUAUUAUUCCAAGGCUUGUCGCCUGAGUCCUGAUAUAGCUGAUGAACUUUACUCUUUGGUUAUCCACCAAGUAAUUUAAGCCAUAAAUACAUAGGAGCAAAGAUGAGCAGCUACUAAUUAUUAGUGUAUUUUCGUAGUCCUUUGUAUUUGAUUUUUCUGCAUAUCUAAUUUUAGGAAUUUUGCUCAGCUGGACAUGUUACUUAUGACACCAUCUAUGCGCUUCAAUUCAAGCACUCUGUCCUUUAUAACAUCAAACACAAAUUAAUGUCCUCAAAUCUCGGGGAACCCAAGAACUGUUCCACCAGGAUUAGAUAGAAACCAUUCUCUAAUAGAAAAAUAAAUUCUAGAUAGAUAAGUAAAUUCUUGUGCUCUUAGAAAUUCCUAGUAAUCCUUGGGUUUGAUUUUUUAAAUAUUAUGGCGUGUGACCUUCUUCUACACGUUAUUUUAAAAUUGUAAAUAAAACAGGCAAAAAUAAAAUUCUGUUUUCUUGUAUAGUCUAACAACAAAAGUGUCUAUUUUAACCAACAUACUCAGUUUCUAUUUUAAAAUAUUUGACACCAGGUAAAUUUAGUAACAAAAUGGGUUCAAUUGUGGGAGCAAAAUGAGUCAAACCAUGUAAUAAUAAAAACUGAAAGUAAAUUGUGUUUUUGUAAAGCAGCUUUAAUAGCAUAAACAUGCCUUAUUCAGCAACGUAAAUUAAAAAAAAAAAAAAAGAAAUCUUGCAAUGGUCAAAUUUCCAAAAACAAUUGCUUUACAAGAUUGUGUAAAAAUCUUUGUCUUGAAAAACUGUUAAAGAAACAUGCUUUCGCCCUCCUUGGUAGGGUUGUGGAGGGCUAUAAGGGUGAGGAAUGUUACAUAUGGGGCAAAACCAAAUCUUUUGCUUAAAAUAUUCUUUGAUAGAAGAUGGAAUUCAUAGCAUAGCCAGGGAAUUACUGCUAUAAAAGCAGAAGACUUCCAUAAAACCUGUGGGGGAAUGGAUGGAUACUUAUUAAAAAAAAGAUUUAAUGCAAAUGAUAUGACCAUGGAAAUGACAAAUCUGCCAUCUCUGGGGCAAGGAAGCUUUCAAAACUGUAGUUAUCCAAAUGCCUAGAUGAUUUUAAUGAGGAAUGACUUCCAUCUUUGGGACAGACUAAAUGAAACUAAUUUGAAAUUGCCAGGCCCCUUAAUGGCUGGUGAUUAACAAUGAAGAAAUGCUUUGUUUUAUAGUCUAAUUUUCAAUACUUUGAUAUUAAUUUUUUACUGAAGAAGUGAAAAGGAUUUUUAAGAUUGAGACAUAAUAGGUACUUUCAAGGGGCCAUUUCACAAUUUGGGGGCAAAAUUAUGUUUAAACUAUUCCUGAAAAUCAGUCCUUUCCCUUCUUUAAAAAUCUCCUUUAAUAUUUCACAGCCUUUAUCUAGAAUCUUCUGCAUGCUGGGCCGUAAAAAACAACAUAAUUAUUCAAAGAUUUUUUCUUGAUUAAAUGCAUUUCCUUUAUCCUUGUUUUCAAAUAAUGACCUAAAUAUUUUAAAAGCCUAAAUUUUUACCAGCCUUCUCUUCCUUUCCAAAACUUGAUGA